AUGCUGGGACACGAGCACCGCCCCCCUCCGGCCAUCUCGCCCGGGGGGGGGCCCCAGGGUGAUGCAGCGCCGGAAGUGGACGAGGAGCAGCGCAAGAGGACACUGCUGCAGCAGGAGCUGGGCAUCCUGGACCUUACCAAUCCAGAAAUACGUGAGUACGGUUUGAAUGGGUCCCAGGGGCUGCCUGGGGCCGGGCCUCCUAUGAACGGCCCCAUGUCAGGUGGCAUGGGGAGCGCUGCAGGCCGGAGGCCUGGAGGCGUCGGGCCUGCCCACCCCUUGCUACCUCCCCCAGCCGGGCCUGAGCCUCGAGCCUCUCCCCUGACACCCGCAGCCCUGGAGCGGCAGGUGGAGCUGCUGACCACCAGCAUCAAGGAGCGGCUUGAGGGCGCCGUCAACACCCCCAUGAGCCCCGUGGUGGUCGGCGCCCUGUUUCCGGCCCUGAUGCAGGUGCUCGGCCGGCACCCCGCCGACCUGUCGCUGCCGCUGGACGCCCCCGCCAGCCGCCUGCGGACUGCGGCCGUUGACCUGCUGGGCCGGCUGUCAAUCCCGGAGCUGCCCAAGAGCUUCGUGGCGGACCUCCUGUCGGCCUGCCACGCCGUGCUCAUGACCGACCACGAGGCGAACGGCAUGGUGGUGCAGACUAGCUACGCCCACAGCAUUGCGUUUGUGAUCGAGCACUGCCCCGAGCAGCUGCCGCUGACCCAGGAGGUUGUCAGCUUCCUGGCAGACGCCUGCACCAUCAUGGAGACGGACAUGGCCAAGGUGACGGCCCGGGUGACAGUGCGUGGGCAGCCCCCCCGCGCGGAAGUCGUGGGGAAGCUGCAGGUGGCGUGCGUGGAGGUGCUGGUGGCGGCGCUCGGCUGGCGGGCCUUCAGGCCCAUCCUGACGGACCUGGCCUUCUACCACAAGCUGACCCUGCAGCUGCUCACCCACCUCCACCACCUCCUGGACCUGCUGUCGGGUCAGUUCAAUGUCACGUUGGGCGAGAAGAUCACGGAGCACCUGAAGAAGUGGGUGGACGCGGAGAAGUGGAUCAGCCCCCAGCCGCCACAGCCGGUGGCCUGGGAGCCGGGCACGGAGUGCGAGGUGGCUGCCUCCAUGCUGGACAUCUUCCACAAGCUGCCGGCGCAGGCCAAGCGUUUCCUGGAGUCCCAGGGGGACCGGCCCGGCAUCGUGGUGCUGACAAUCGGGCUGGAGAACGCGCUUCCCAAGCUUCCGGGCCCACUGCAGCCCUCGCGCCUGACCUCGCCCUACCGCCCCGCGCUGACGCGCUUCCUCAACGUGUACCCCCAGGACACUGUCGACUACUUCCUGGAUGUGUCGGGCCGGCUGGCCAACGCCGAGUACUUCCGGCGGCUGCUGGACGUCAUCCGCACGCCUCUGGGUCGGCCCAUCCUGGACGCCCUGGCCGGGCAGGCCACUCGCCUCGCGCUGCUGGUCCGCCCCGAGGCCUCUGGCGGCGCGGACGGCGUCGCCGGCGAGGCCGCACCAGUCCCGCUGGAGGCUGCCCUGCAUGUGGUACACCUCGUGCGCGCCAUGACCAAACUGCUCCCGGACUGGCUGCCGCACGAGCUGUAUGCCGUGCUGCUCGCAAGGGCGGAAAACGGGUGCGGCACCUCGCGCGCCGCGGAGCGCGAGAGCCGCCGGCUGGGCAAGUGCCUGCUGGCCUACGUGAACGCGCACCACGAGGAGUACGCCGCGCUCUUCGACCUCCUCACCAUCCUCUCCACCAAGCCAUCCGUGGACUUUGGGUUUGUGAAGGAGUACCUCACGACCACCGUUGCCAAGACAUACAACACCGAGGAGAAACGCACGGUGGGUAAGGGGGUGAACGCGCUGCGGCACUUCAUCAACCCCCUGAUGAAGUGGACGCUGGCCAGCGAGGGCCCCGGCAUCCUCACCAAGGACAUCGUUUCUUCCCUGGUGGCAGACGUCUUCCAGACCCCUGACCAGGGCCGACCCAGUGAGCAGGCCCAGCAGGAGCUCAACAUGCUGUGCUCCACGCUCAUCCAGCAUGCGCACACGCUAUUCGUGGACCACCGCAAGGAGCUGAUCCACUUUGGCUGGUGGGCGCUGAAGUUUGACAACGUGGCCAAGCCCUCCGCCUUCCUCUUCCUGGCCCACUUCCUGCGCGUGUUCCCCACCCCCGAGAAGAUCAUGCUGCAGGUGUACGUGGCCCUGGCGCGCAUGACGCAGCAGGAAAGCGCGGCGCGCGACGUCGUGCGCCAGGCGGUGGACACGCUGCUGCCCAUCUUCGACGCGGGGCGCGCGCUGGGCCAGGAGCCGGAGACGCCCCCCUCCGGGGACGCGACGGCGUUCAUGGCGUCCAUGGUGCAGAAUGCCUCCAAGCUGGGCCUGCCCACCAACGCCACGCUGGAGGCCAGGAUCCUGGCUACGGACAUGGCGGCGGUGCUGCUGAGCUGGGACGCGCGGGCCGAGGCUGAGGCGGCGGCGGCGGCGGCCGAUGGGGUUCCUGCGGCGACCGAGGGCGCGACGGCGACGGCCGAAGGAUCUGCGGCCGCCGCGAGCUCGGCGGCGGUUGCCCUGCUCGCGCCGCAGGCCUCGGGGGAGAAGGAGGGCUCCGGGACCCCGCCCGAGGGCACGGAGGCGGUGACGGGGGACGGCAGCGCGGGCCAGGCGCCUGCGUCCCGGGCGGCGCUGGUCGCCGCCGCCGCGAGCGCCAGGUGA